ACUUGUUCUCUCCUUGUCGAUCACGCCCGAAGAGAUCUUGACUCCAUCGCUCUUCAUCGCCUUCCUACUCCACUCCACUCCUCUCCACUCGCUUGAUUCCAUCCAUUCAUUCUUUUGUUUAUCUGCCUCUUCUAUCAUCCCAACCAAUCUCUUGUUCUAUACUCAUUGGAGCCACAGCACUGAUCAAUAUGGUUCCUGAGACAGAUCUUGUUCCGCAGGCGGACCAUCUCACUGUCUUCUUCGCCUCUCAGACCGGCAAUGCAGAGUCCAUCUCUCGUAACAUUCACGAGCAGGCUCAGGAGAGAGGAUUCAAGUCAGCUCACUUUGCUCUUAACGACUUUGCCAAGGUUGACUGGGACAAGGAAGAGUGUCUCGUCUUUGUGGUCUCUACCACGGGCGACGGCGAUCCUCCAGACAACUCAACAAAGUUCUGGCGCCAUCUCCGUAAGCUCAAGGGCGUUGGUCUCACUAAGGCCAAAUAUGCCAUUCUUGGCCUCGGAGAUACCAAUUACGACAACUUUUGCCAGACAGCUAAGCGACUUGACACUCGCCUUCAGGAGCUUGGAGCCAGCCCAUUUUAUGCUCGAGGGCUCGCUGACGAUGCUACAGGUCUGGAAGAAACUGUGGAUCCGUGGAUUAUGAACCUUUGGCCAGCUCUCGCUCACCAGGUCAUUUGUGCUCCCACGAUCCAUGACCUACCCCAGCCUCAUCUCAAUAAGGAAGAGGAGCAGAUUGUCAAGCAUAUCAUCGAAGCAGAGAGGAAGGAGCACGAACACCAAUCAUCUUCGCCGAAGGCACCACCAGCAAGUCCCUCAGCUGUUAAAGACAAGGGCACCAUGGAAUCAUUGAUCAAGGGUGUCGAGUCGCUCUCUGUCGCUACUGAGAAGACACCCAUAGUCCCUGCUACCGGACACACAAUCAACGUCGACUUUUCAGUCAUGGCCAAUCAUACCAACCUUACAGCUUUGCCGCGAGUUCCCAACGCCAAUCUGAAGAUCGUAGAUGCUGACAGCACAACAACCUCGACAACUACUGGUGGCAUCCCUUCAUUUAUUCAGACCCCUUCUCGCUUGAUGCUGGCCAAGAUUAACAGCAUCCAGUGCUUGACGCCUGCGGAUGCAUUGAAGCGCACACUUUCGAUUGAGUUUGGAUUUGAAGACGACGUUGAAUAUGCUCCAGGAGAUUCAUUUGGCAUCUGGGCACCUAACGACGAAUCCUUGGUCCGUGGAGUCUUUGCCGCAUUGGAUGUGAAGGAAGAAGACAUGAGUAAACGGAUCAAACUGGAGGGCGAAGGUAACAUAUCAACACAUGGAAGUGAUUUGACCCCGUAUGGGCGUCCAUCCUGCAAGAAAAUCACUGUUUAAUCGCUCAUCUCUGUCGUUUGUGCAAAAUAGGUAUCCCAUCUCAUCUUCAAUCUGUGCAGUCGGCAACAUUGUUAGAUGUGUUUCGCUAUGCCGUGGAUCUGACAACUGUUCCCAAGAAGGCAAAUUUUCGUCUCUAUGCAGAUCACGCUGCUGAUUUGACCGAUAAGCAGAAAUUGAUGUUUAUGGCGUCUAAACAAGGAGCGGAUCAGUUCAAUGCAUUCCGCGCGCA